AUGCCAGAGAAGAUGCGCCCAGAGCUUCGAAAUUUCUUCCCAGAGGUGGGCACAACAGAUGGACGGGUGAAGGUGUUUGGAAGGGAUGGCGUGGAGAGAACCUUCAUAUCACCCUGCCAGUGCGUCACAAAGCAGCUGCAGUUCCUCAAUGGCAAAGGCGCCCUGUUGCGCGUCACGCAGGAGGGAGAUGUGCAGCUCUGGGGAAUUGAGGCAGCAGCUCUGCUGGACAGCAUGCCACCUGGGGAUGACCUCAUCACAGUAGUGGAACCUCUCACUGAGGAGCCAUAUCUGCUUCUGGGCUGCGCCAGCGGGAACAUACAGGUUGCCGCUCUGAUGGGAUCCUCAAACAGCUUGGCCCUGGGCGCUCGGGAGGCCUGCACUCUCAGCCAGAUGCCUCACACAAUUACUACGGACGACAUUGGGAUAGCCAGAGGCGCUGUUGCUGUGCUGGCUGCGCACUCACUGGGCGACCAGCACAGGUACCAGUGUGUAGUGGCCUACGCGCACAACAGCUUCAAGGUGGCAACUGACGAGGGGAGCGCGCACAGCGCAACUGGGGGAAUGAGAGAUUCAGAGUCUGGGGAGGAGUGCCCCAGUGACCCCACCGUGUCUGCCUGCUGGGUGGGGCCUCGGGGGGACUGCAUAGCCACCGGGCACAAGAGCGGCACCACACAUAAGACCCUUGAUCCUGUUCUGGCAGGGGAGACGCCGCCAGAGAUGCCAGAACAGGCGCUGCUGUACGCGGAGCUCCGAGUGGCGCCAAUCGGCGAGCCGGCCGCGCCGGUGCGCGCGCUGCGGCACGUGUCGGGCGCCAAAUCCGGCGGCCAGAGCGGCCUGCUGGUGCUCGGCGGGCAGGACGCGGAACAGCCGGAUGUUCUCAGCAUGCUGCCGCUGCAGGCCCCCUCGGAAGAGGCGGAGGGGGCGCGGGUGCUUCCGUGGUUUGGGGCGGUGCAGGGUUUCUCGCUGGUCCCCCCGGAGGGCAGUUGUGGCAGCGGGGGUUCCGGUGAGAUGGCGGCGCUCAUCGUUCUCAGCGAGGGUGGUCAACUGAUGGUGCAUGACCUACGCACGCUGCAGCCUGUGCCCCUUUCGCUGCCCUUUCAGGAGCUGCCACCUGUCACUGCUUCUGCCUUCGCCCCUGGGGAGCCUCUGGCAGGAGAGGAUGCUGAGAGCUUCCCGCACGCCGUCAGCCUUGUGGCCCUUUGUGCGGCGCGCGGCACAGCUGCGGCCACCGACUCACCCGAGUCGCGCGGCGUCUCGCGCCGAUGGCGCUGGGUGCUCUCCGGGGGGCGCCCGGCGGGUCCCCCGGCGGUGGCCACCGCUCCAUCAGCAAGCCCCCCAGCAGGCGGAUCGCAAGAUGAGGACGAUGCGGAGCAGCAGAGCUCCGAGACGCAGCCGGCCACAGCGCCGCUGUAUUUCACGGGUCACCGGGACGGCCGCGUGCGCGUGUGGGACAUGUCAGGGGAGGUGCCGGGACUGCUGGCAACCGUGCCCUUCGAUGCCGGCGGCGCCGGCGGGAAGCUGCGCGCUGUUUGCGCCAUGCAGGUGUGCACUGUGUCGGGGCUGUUGGUGGUGGCGCAUGACAAGGGCGAGGUGCGCGUGUACCAGUUCAGCCCAGGUGCGCAGGAGGUCACCUGCAUCCACAUCGACCACUCCAGCAAGGGUCCACCAGAAAAGAGCAUGGCGAAGCAGCCUGCGGGGUACCAGGCAGUGCUGAGGGUGACGAUGCAUGAGGUGGCGGUCAACACAGCGUGCAUAGCGUCCAAAGCGGGCCUCGUCGCGCUCGGGGACGCCUCUGGAGACCUGUCCGUCUUGAACCUCUUCCGGCCGUCUGUGGAGUUCUACAAGCACCUGUCGGACCAGCCCAUUGCAGCGGCGGCGUUUGGCCUGCACAGCUUCAUGCCUACAAAGACCAGCUCGGAGCGCCGGCGCGGCGAACCUUCGUCAGAGGCUCCCGUAGAGUCCAGGCUGUCGCUGUAUGUGGGCACGGCAGACUGCGCGCUGACAGUGCUGGACGCGCGCCACGGAGAGCCGCUCGGCAUCGGCCGCGACACGUGGCUGCGCCCAAAACACACUGACUCAGCGCUGAGUCUUCUGUUGUUGGACGCUGCCGGCUGCCCGCUGCGGGCGCCCGCCGGGCCCGGCCUGCUGCCUUGGGCCGGGAACUCUCGCGCGGCCGCCGAGGCCGCCCCGGAGAGAAAAGCUGCGGCGCAGCCGCAGAGUUCGGUGCCAGCAACACUAGGCGCUCCGUCCAUCCCUAAAGACGCCUCUGCUGGUGCCUCCGGCCACUCGCACGCCUCAGAGCGCCAUCAUCCCGAGGCAGCGCACGGCAGUGCCGCACCCAGCAUAAGCAAGCCACCCGAACCACCCGUUGCAAUGACCUCCCACAGGGCGCAUGACGACGGCCACAUCGGCCAUCUGAUCGCCGGGGGCCCUCCCCCCAGGCAGCGGCUAGCGGUGGAGGCAGCGAGUGGACCGGCCGGGCAGGGGGGAGGGAACGCCCUGGGCAGCCCUGGCCCCGGGACCCCCCAGCACAGGGGGGAGCGCGGGGGUUCCGUCAAGGGCGCAUCCGACUCCGAGCCAGAGUCCUCUGCCGACGAGGCUGAGGACGAUGACCAUGACGAUCUCCUGGCGGCUGCGGCUGCCGCGGUGGAAGCGCAGCAGAGGGAGGUGGUGAAGGCCGGCAAGAAAAAGUUCGGGCUGCUCAGCCGAGGCAGCGGCGGCGGUGGCGCGGUACAAAAGGCAACCGCUGCUAGAACCAGUGAUGAUGAGCAAGGGCACUUAGUCAGCUCCCACACUGCCAAGAGCGGGCUUGGUCGCUGGGUACGGCGCGGCAGCGACAACUCGCCAGCCAUGUCACCGCGCAUGGGCGCAGCAGCAAAGGACAAAGAGCGUUCAGAGGCGGUCUCUACCCAGAUCGGCAGCAAGCACACCUCAGAGCCAGACAGCCGCUCCGAUUCCUCUCCUCCAAAGACAUCAGCCCCCAAGGAAAUGCCACCUGCACCAGCAAACUCAGGCGGACCCCUCAAGGCCCCGCAUGCUGAGUCAGCAGUCCCCCCAGCAGCGGCAGCAGUGGUGGCACCGGCGGUACAGGAGGAAGCAACGCCGCCGGACGCCAUGCACGAUGUGACAUCAGCGAUUGCAGCGCUCAAUGUCAGCGAUGAGGCACCCCUAUCAGCCCCGGUGGCGGCUGCGAAUGUAUCACACAUCGUUCUGGCGAGCACCGGCAGCCUGCGGCUCUACGCAGGGGACAAUCUGCGCACGGCGGAUCGCACCACGCUGAAGAAGGCCGGUCUGGACGGACAAUAUGGCUUUGCCGGUGUCUUCAGCUCCUGCCAUGGGCCUGGCGUCGCCUGUGUAUCUCCUGAGGGGACCCUCAAGGUGUUCUCGCUGCCGAGCCUGGAGCUGGUGUUGGUGCAGAGGCUGGAGGAUGCCCUGACAUUCCCCUGGGCCUGGACCGAUCACACCGCGCAGCUGUCCCGCCUGUGCGCUGUCGACGCAGAUGGCCAACUCGCCCUGGUGGGCGCACAUGGUGACCUGGCAAGGGUGGGUCUGGUGGAGGGAACGCGCGCGCCGGAUCCCCCGGCCCAGCUCUACGACUGGGACCUUGCCACCGCCGCGCUGGCCGCAGCGCACGCCGUCUCGCGCGAGCUCAAGGCCGCCGCGUUCCCUCCCCCGCCCAGCUUCCAGCCGCCGCCGCUGCCGGCCGCCGCGCAGCCGCCGCUCCCCGAGGGCCGCGCGCCGAGCGAGGAGGCAGGCGGCAAGCGCGGCCUGGGCGGAUUCCUGCAUUCGGGACUGGACCGCUUUGGAAAGGACAUUCUGGCGGCGCGCAACCCGUUCAUGAACGAGCGCGCGGCGCAGCGGCGGGCGCCGACACUGGCCGCCGUCUUUGCGAAUGCGCCACAGCCCGACAGCCCGGGCCUCUCCCAUGAGCACGCCUUUCAGAGUGCAGCCGCCGCCAGGGGGCCGCGCUCUCUGCCGCAGCACUCCGAGUCGGCCGACGCGGCACGCGCAGAGCUGUUCGGCAGCGGCGGCCACCGCGCGUUCGGCCGCUCUGCAGAAGCCGGGCCGCCCUCUGACAGCGGAACGUGGGCUCAACGAGAGGAUACCCGGGACGAUGGCGGCCGGGGGGACCUAUUGCGGGGGGCCCGAGGGGCGCGCGGUGGCGGAGCACCGGGAGGCGGACCCCCCGGCACUCGCACGGCCGAGGAGAUCAAGGCUGCCUACGGGCGAUCCACCAACUCCCGCAGGGCGGAGGGGCCGGGGGCAAUGGCAGAGGAAAACCGGCAGAAGCUGGCGGAACGUGGCGAGAAGCUGCGCACGCUGCAGGACAAGACCGAUCGCAUGCAAGCCGAUGCCGAAGACUUUGCCUCGAUGGCCCGCCAGAUUCGAGACCGCGAGGCCAACAAGAAGUGGUGGCAGCUGUGA